AUGACCUUCAAGGCCUUCUUGAGCGAGUGGCAGCUGAGAGGCUCAUUCCUUAUUAGCCUCCUUUUACAGGUCCUUCAAUUUCUACCAUUCAACACCAGAAAACGCAAUCCAUACAUGCUGCUGACUGGUUGCCUAUGGAUACUCUACCUGGUCACCGACAAGGUCGCCAUUUACGGCAUAAGCAUAGCUUCAAGGACCAUAACUGACCCCACCCUCAAAAUCCACCCUCAACUACUAUCCUUCUGGACACCCAUCCUUCUGCUUCACUUGGGUGGCCCUGACAACAUCACUGCCUUCUCCUUGGAAGACAACCAGCUCUGGCUACGACAAAUUCUCACCCUCGUCUCUCAAAUUCUGUUUGCGGGUUAUGUCCUAGUGAGGUCGUGGAUGAACAAUAGCAUUAGGCUCCUCCUACUCAUCUCUAGCAUUUGCGUGUACAUUGCUGGAACACUGAAGUAUGGAGAGAGGGCUUGGGCAUUCAAACGUGCUAGCACCGGCAGCCUCAGGGCGUCUAUGAUGAGUGCUGGAGAUCCGGGGCCUAACUACACGGAUUGUGUGGAUCGUCGCUUGUCAUCCAAACUCAAUGCAGGCAUUCCAGAAGACAUAGAAGAAUCAGUGAACAACUUACCCAUUCAUCCAGCUGAGGCUGGUAAUGACCAGCCACAAGUGUCAAAUUUGUACACAGCUUACAAUUACUACCAGGCUUUUAAACGACUCUUUGUCGAGCUUAUUCUCAGCUAUGAAGAUGGGAAGAGAAGUCGAUUGGAUUUCAAGAAGAAGAAUGCCAGCGAAGCUUUUGAAAUGGUUGGGAUUGAGUUGAAUUUCGCCUAUGAUGCGCUGUAUACGAAGGCGCUGGUGGCUCAUACUCGAGCUGGUUGCAUCAUUCGGGCAACUAACAUGGCUCUAGUCAUUGCAGCUUUGCUUCUUUUUGUUGUGAUUGACAAAAAAGACUUCAGGGAUACAGAUGUUUUGAUCACUUACCUGCUUCUUGUGGGUGCUCUUGCAUUAGAAAUCGGCUCGCUGGCAGUGUCCCUCAUCUCAGAUUGGACCAUUGUUCUGUUGAGAAGCUCCUACAGAGAUCACCAAAAUCUGAAAGGGUUAGAAAAGCCCAUCUUUUCGAUCCUUAAUUGGGUCCGCCAACCGAACAAACCACGCUGGUCUCACUCCAUGAAGCAGCACAGCCUGUUGAGGUUUUGCUUGCAUGAUCAGGAAUCAUGGUUCGCAAAGCGCCUAGCUAAUUUCAAUGCUAAGGAAUCAUUUGACAAGUACUGGUUCACAGAGAACAAGAAAGUCCCCGGGGAACUAGAGAACCGCAUUUGGGAGUCUUUGCUUGAAAAAGUCCCCCAGGAACAAGACAUACACAAUUUUGAGUUAGCGGAUCAAUACAAGAGCCUCAAUACCUGCACAGCCUCUGUAUUUGAGAGUUGUUCUGAACUAAAGUGGAGCACUGAAGGGGAUUUCGACAAGACUUUACUUCUAUGGCAUGUAGCCACAGAUAUAUGUUACAACUCUCAAGAAAAUCAAGAUGAAAAUAAAGAUACUUCACGAGAGGCAAGCAAGCUCAUAUCGCGGUAUUUGCUGUAUCUUCUGAUUGUACGCCCAUUCACGCUAUCUUCAACAGCAGUAUUGGGUCUCAUACGAUACAGAGAUACGUGCGCAGAGCUCAUUCAGUUCUUCAAAGAAGAGGAAGUGGUCGGACAUGAAUCCCCAAAAGAUCACAAGUGUUGCAGGUCACUGUACAAAGUGCUGUGUUGUAGGUCAGGCUAUUGUACUGCACCUGACGUGGAAAGAAAAAGCGAUGCUUGUGACAAUCUCUUGUUCAUGCAUACAGAUGUACCACCCAAGAAGGUGAAGAAGGACCUGAGCAAGUCUGUGUUAUGGGAUGCAGUUGUACUAGCCAAACAACUGUUGGAACUGAAACACAAGAUGUGGAAGACUAUGGCCAGUGUGUGGAUAGAGAUGCUAUGUUUCGUUGCACGUAACUGUAGAGGCGAUUACCAUGCUAAGCUGCUGAGCGAGGGGGGAGAGCUUCUCACUUGUGUGUGGUUUCUGGAGGCACAUCUUGGUCUGGGGGAUUACUUCAAAAUGGCCAUUGCGAACACUGAUUGA